AAUAGCAGUUGCAUAAUUUAUUUAAUAAUAAUAAUAAAAAAAGAAAAAAAGCGCGUUUUUGAACUGUAUUUUUUUUUUUCAAUAGUUUAUAAUGGGAGGAGCACAAAGCUCUGAACAAGGACAAUAUGGUUUUCAUGUACUCAAGGUCAAGGAGAAUUCACCUGCCUAUCAAGCAGGGAUUGAACAAUUUUUUGAUUACAUUGUGAAUAUCAAUGGGAUUCCAUUGAGUAAUGGAGAUAGUCAAACAUUACUCAAGACAUUACAAGAAUAUGAAGGGAAGCCUUUGCCUAUGGGUAUUUAUUCAAGUAAAGAACAGUCAUUUCGAGAGAUCACAUUGAUACCCAACAGAGACUGGCAUCCUAACGAUCCUCAUGAAAAGAGUUUGAUAGGCUGCUCCAUUCGAUUUUGUUCUUUUGAAAAGGCGGGUGAAAAUGUAUGGCACGUAUUGGACGUGUCGCCUAAUUCACCCGCUGAAAUGGCUGGCAUUAUUCCCUUUUCUGAUUAUAUCAUAGGCAGUCCACACAUGACAUUAAGAAGCGAAGAUGAUUUCUAUCGUCUUGUGGAAGACUAUCUAAGUAAACCACUUCGAUUGUAUCUGUACAAUUCAGAAUGGGAUAGUUGCCGAGAAUGUAUUAUUGUGCCUAAUCAUGAAUGGGGAGGUAAUGGAUCAUUGGGUUGUGAUGUGGGUUAUGGACUGUUGCAUCGUAUUCCUCGAAAAAAGAAGAAACAAGCAGAAGAACAGAAUGAAGAUGUUAACUAUAGUGAUACGAUAUUCAAUGCACCCGACAUGGCACCUACACAAGAACAAGUGUUACAAGAAGCACAACAAACCACGCUUCCUCCUUCACCUCAAGAAUAAAAUCCGACUUUUUUUUUUUGUUUUUUUUUUCUUUAUUAAAAUUCUUUAC